UAAAUAUACACACACCGUACCACCACGGCCGGAUCGGAGACGGUGAUGAGUCUCGGCAAAUAUUUCAUUAGCAAUCUUUCUUUGUUUGGUGUAUACCACAAUAUAAAGAGAAUUUAACCGAAGUCUGGUUAGUGUCAGUGAAAACCACCAUGGUCUGUAUAUAAAUUGCAAAGACGACUUUCUCAGACAAGACUAGGGGAACGUAGCAUGAAUCAGGUGUUCAAGAAUGGGUACUGCAGGCUCCAUUCCAGCACUUCAGAACAGACAAGAAGGUGGCUACCCUAAGAGAUCCAAGGCCUGGAUGGGCCUGAAGGCCACCAUCCGCUUCAAGCUUCUCAACAAUGGCCUGUGGAGCAGCGUGCGUAGCGAGCGGGAGCCGUGGCGCGGCAUCCUCCACAACGCGGCGGCAGACUUCGACCAGGAGCAGGACAAGCUGCAGGACGCCGUGGUGGACCUGGAGAGCACGCAGAUGUUCCGGGACAUGGUCCGCGGGAUGGUGCCCCCACCGGGGAUGGACUCUGGCGGGAGGUCCGUCUGGGUCUUCAUCAGUUCAACCUUCACAGACACAAGGAUAGAGAGGGACUUGCUUCUCAUGGAUGCUUACCCGUACAUCAGGGACUACUGUCGACAGAUUGGCAUCGACUUCAAUGUAGUCGAUUUCCGAUGGGGUAUCAGGCAAGGAGCAUCUAACAGACACAUGGCUGCUGAUAUAUGCUACAAUGAAGUAGCUCGGUGUAGAGACAAUUCUAUUGGGCCUUACUUUGUUGCCAUCCUUGGGAACAAAUAUGGAUACCGUCCCAUACCCCCCAAAUUCACAAUGACCACAUACCAGAAGGUGGUAGCCUACCUCGAGAAAGAAGAGACUAGUGAAUCGUUAGAAGCUGUGGCUCUCAUGAAGGAAUGGUACAUUCUGGAUACUAAUGCACUUAAAGAAUCAGAGUAUGUCUUGCAGCCGAUUGACUCAAAACUCAAGAAUUACUACAGCUUCGAUGAAGCCCUAGCUCAGGUCGACCGAGACCAGUGGAACAAGGUGUUUUCUGUUCUUCAGCAAGGCAUCUACAGUGCCGUCAAGUACAUUCCUGACAUGGAUCCAGAAUACGUCAAGGAUGUUAUACAGUCAGUUACAGAAGGUGAGAUAGAAGUCGGUCUUGAAGGAAUCGGCAGCCGGGACUCUGGUGGCCCCCCUCGCUGCUUCACCUUCACCCGAUCAAUCAAUGGCCUGGAUUCUGCCGAGAGAUUCAGCAGGAGAUUCCUUGACAGUGGGUCUCCGCUGGAGCAGGUGGAGAAGCAGAGGAAACUGGGGGAACUGAAGGAGAAGCUCUCAAAGACACUGCCUCCGGAUGCUCUGUACAAUUACGCCCUACGAUUUCAUCCAAGCCAAGAGGAGAUGAUGAAGGAUGAAGGGAACAGGGACACGUUGAAGAGCUUUGUGGAUAUGUUCUGCCACUUCAUGGUCAAUUCUAUCAAGUCAUAUGCCAUCACAGCUCUCCAGAACAUGGACAACUACCUCUUCACGGAGGUCAUGCACCACAGCAGCUUCUGCCGAGAUCGGGCAGCAACGGUCAUCGGACAGGAAGACAACCUAGAGAGGCUGAUGGGAUACCUGUCAAGCGAGACCAAUAAAGACAACAAGCCUUUUGUCAUCCAUGGUCUCGGAGGGACGGGGAAGACCGCCCUCAUUGCCAAGCUUUUCAGCAUGUCUAUUGAGAAGCACAAGGGAGAUGUUAGAAAUAGGCCUCACCACAUUGUAAGGUUUAUCGGCAUCACGCCUCAAUCCUACGACAUUAGGAAUCUACUCUAUAGCAUUUGUGAACAGAUCUGCCAUUGUCUUGGUAUUGAUGAUUGCUUGAUCCCCAAAGAUUACAAAAAACUACAAAAUGCAUUCUUAAUUCUCCUACAGAAGUCUUCAAAGAAUCAUCCCAUAAUGAUCUUCCUCGACUCACUGGACCAGCUAUCGGAUGAAUACCAAGGUCGUGACCUCUUAUGGUUACCAAGGCAACUACCUCCUCAUGUCCGUUUGGUAGUGACAGUGCGACCUGAUGCAGGGUUCUGCCUUACAGCCAUCAAAAACCUGAUCAACAAGUCAGAAUAUUUUCUGGAGAUCAAGUCUUUGGCUGAACCUUCCAAACUGCCUAUGCUGGAAUGCCUUCUUGCAAAUAAUGGGAGGACACUGACAAAAGACCAGAUGAAGAUUGUCUUGAAAGCACACAAGGACAACAAACCGACAGCUCUGUACAUGAAGAUAGCCUGUGACAUGGCAAGCAACUGGAACUCCCACACACCCCUCAAGACCUGCAGGAUAGCUGGAGACAUCACAGGCAUCAUCACACAACUCUUUGAACAACUUGAAGAGAAGCAUGGGAUGCUUUUUGUUGCCCACGCCCUUGGCUACCUGACCUGUUCCCGCUCUGGUCUUACAUCCAAUGAGCUGCUAGAUAUAUUGUCAUGUGAUGAUCCAGUGUUGGAGGACGUCUUUGAACAUUCCACACCACCGAUACGAAAACUACCUCCUCUGCUGUGGACAAGAUUAAGGCUAGAUCUAGGCAGUAAUCUUGUUGAAAGUGGCGCAGAUAACAUGGUUGUCUAUAGGUGGUACCACAGGAUAUUCUACGAGGUUGCCUACACCCGUUACGUGCAGACCAACAUGCAACAGCUCCAUCAGAGCAUCGCUGAAUACUUCUCAGAAAGAUGGGCACGCACCCCUAAGCCUUACGUGAACAAGAAAACCAAGAAGGUAGACGUGGCCUUCAGACAGGUCCAGACCCAGCCCUUAGUCCUGGACCAAGGACUUCAGGAUCAGAGAGGGGGCAGUGCCAGUUCCAUCCGGAAUGAGUUCAAGAAAACGGCUGGUCCUCGUUACAACAUGAGGAAAUUGACAGAGCUUCCGUUUCAUCUAAUCCGAGCAAAGAUGUGGGAUGAAGUAGAGAAGGUAAUGUGUUCCAUACCGUGGAUAGAAGCCAAAUGUCAAACUGGAAGAAUUUAUCAACUAAUCCUAGAACUGGCCCAGGCUGCUGACCAAUUGGAUCACAAGUCCCAGAAGGUAACCGACUUCUACUACAUGAUAAGGGCCAACGCCCAGAUCAUCCAAGAGAACCCGGAGCUCAUCACGCAGCAAGCCCUGAAUGAACCUGACUCUUCUGCAUGCUGCCAGGUCGCUGCUGAAUACCUCAAAUCAACUUGCAAGAAAAAGCUGUGCUGGCAGGCCUUGUCCAAGAGCCAGGUUCAAAGUGCAGAGGUCAUGACCCUUACCCAUACUGCACCUGUAUUUCUGGUGCAGUUCUCCCCCAAAGGCAACCUCCUGGCCACUGCUUGCACAGACAAUACGGUCAGGAUAUGGAUUGUUGCAAGUGGAGCCCUUGAGGCUACCAUAGAGACGGCAGCAUUGAAAGCAGUAUUCCCACCAUCGGCUAAUUGGGUAGCCAUCUUGGGCAGCAAGUCCAUCUGUACCUAUGGGAUAGGGGAUUUAAGCCUCAGUAAAGGGAAACUCCUGAAGCGCAUUCACGUUUCCAAAGUGGAACCAGUCAACGGGACGAUCUUUGUUCCAUCAAACUCCAAGCACCUGUAUUUCUACUCCUACAGCAUCCUUACCAUCUAUAAUGCUGUCAGCGGCAAGGAGAUACAGAGGUCUGAUGUUUCGCCUCGGCCAAAGUGUGUAGCAUUCUCUCCUGAUGGGAAGCUGAUGGGGAUUGGUAACAGAGGCGUCUUCCUCUGGGAUAUAUUCGGAAAGAAGGUUUUGAAGACAUUUUGCGACUCCAUGCUGUGUGUGCAGAGUUCCUUGAGGUUUUCAAAGGAUGGUAAGACCCUUUGCGGGGUGUUGAAGGAUGGCACAUACUGCUGGCCUGUGAAAGGGAUUGGGACCAAACCAACGGAUGUUCUCAACUUGAACUGCCUUGGUGGGGUGGGUGUGGUCUCACCAAACUUGGAUUUUGGGUUCUCUCUCAUGGAAGACGACACUGUGGAGAUCCUGAAGAUGAAAGCAAAAGAAUGGUGUAAGCUGAGCGGUCACAAGGGGCCUGUCAAGUGCGCUAACUUCUGCCAGCCAAACUCCCAGUAUGGUUUCCUUGCCACGGGCAGCGAUGACCACACCGUCAGGAUAUGGGACACCAACCACAUCACCAAGUUUACCCAAAGUGCUCCAAAGGUAAAGCAAGUUCACAGUGGUCCUGUUAGCGCGUGUAUAUUCUUUCCCGAUGGUUCCAAGGCUGUGACGUCAUGCAAGGGAGAAGACUGUAUCCUGUGGGAUCUAAACCAGAGCGUACCCCAGGCCUACGCAGUCCUGGGAACUCCGGUCGGUUGUGUAAUGGAGAAAGUUCAGUGUGUCUCCGAUGACGGCUGUUUUGUGUUCGCAACAUGCAACGGAUCUGACUUUGAUAUCUGGAAUCUAAAGUCUGCUCCCAGAAGGGCGGAUAAGGUAGCGAUUAUCUCGAGGCACAGACUUCUCCCUUUUGUCAGCCCACGCUACCUCUUUGUGAAAUGCAAGAGUCAUGCCAUAGCUUGCUUUACAACAGACAAUAAACCCGGUGACAUCUUCGUCUACGACCUCCUGUCGGCUUCCUGUAUCGGUGACUGGAUGGCGUAUCCAGAUGAGAUGCCCCUCUUUGAUGACUACACCAUGUGCGUUAAAACACUCCACCAUGGCCGUGACUUUUAUAUUGCUGCAGCAGCGUUGAGUGACGACCAGCGAUCCCUGGCCACCGUGGCCAUACGAACCUCAUCAUCAGACAACUCCCUGAAGCCUAUCCCUGAAGCCAAGGCACAAGCCUACCUCACUAACCCACCCGUUGUUCGCAUCUGGCACAUAUCGAAAGGCACGCCCAUGAUGGAGGUGGAUAUGAAGGUCACGAUGACAAGGUUUCAUAAGAUUCGCUACCUGGCUGAUCAACUCAUCGUCUUCAUGCACAUGAAGUGGAGAGACAGGCUUAACGAGCGUGGAAGAAGUAGCUCCAAGAGUGCUCGAUCAAAACGUUAUGAAGAAGAGGAGCACAAACAAGGCGAGGUCAUGGUCUCGGUGUUGGAUUCCUCAUCCGGUUACGCCCUCUACACCGAGAAACGGCCGGGUAUGUACACCAAAAUGAGUGUCCCGAAGGCGCAGUUCCUCAACACCAAGAGAACCGCCAAGGAGAAUGCCCAGAGGACGUUCCUGAGCUGCGUGAAGGACGGGAUCCUGAUCACGAGACGGGUCGGUGAUAACCAACCGGUUGGUAAAUUCAGGCAGAAAGACGAUGACGUGACUGCCUAUGCCUUCUCUGCGGAUAACAGCAGGACUUUGGUGGGUGUGGAUGAUGGGACGGUUCAUCUCCUGCGGAUUGUCGGUGAUUCCUGAUGGUAGUCACAGCCUUGGAGAACUCACAGGAUAGUCAAUAGUCAGUAUUUACAUGAUGUCAUAAUCUCAUAGCACCCUCCUUCAGAGGAUAUAGGAAUAUGUGUGUUGUCAGAGAUGCGCCAGCAGGAGAUCACUGUGGCAAUAUUGCUUCUGCCUCUAAGAUGGCGGUGCAAUGAAAUCAAUGCAUAACACCAGGUCUAUAUCCACUUCUUUUCCUUUCUGUUGAGACAAGCAGGUUGGCUUACAAAACCAAUUAGGCCAGCAUGAUAGAGUCAAGAUUACCAUGGCUCUGGUAUGUUUUUUUUUUCCACCUUUUCCUCAUCGUCUUCAAUCACUGCAGUACAGGUAAACACCAGCUGUCUGUAUGUCAUCAAUGUUCUCUCGAAAGCAAAAUAUCUUUGCUAGUUUUUAACAUACAAUAUUUUAGUAUUGUUUAUAAAAUGUUUAAUUGCGUGAUGUAUGCUCGUAAACAAGUAGAUUGUCUUUCAUCUCAGUAUAAAGCCAGUUAUAGACUCCAGGAUCCUGUAACACAAAGGGUAGCGAUUAAUCGUACGCUUGAUUUUCAUAAAUUGAAUACAUUGUA